UCAGCUUCUACCACAUUCCUGAUGAGGCGUUCGGAUCCUCACCGUUACCCAGCAAGUACCGCCGCCGACAUUAUCAUUAUCAUGACGUAUAUCAUAUGAAGCAAAUGCGUAUAAAAGAGGAAUCCAAUGCAACGAACAACAUCCCGUUUCAACAUUUCAUACGAGUCGUCAGAUGGCAAUCAAGCAGAACAAUGUGGACGUCCUCGUUGUUGGAGCAGGUCCGGCUGGCCUAAUGUGUGCCUUUGGGCUAGCGAGAGCUGGGGUGAACGUUCGUAUUGUUGACCAGAGGCCACAGAAAGUAGCAGCAGGUCAAGCAGAUGGCAUACAACCGAGAACGAUUGAGGUCUUCCAGAGUUAUGGUAUCGCCGAUCGACUGCUCAAGGAGGGUAAUCAUAUGCAUAUGGCGACUUUCUACGGCCCCAACGCAGAUGGCGGAAUAGAGCUCAUCGAAAGAGUUCCCGAUGUGACCGCUCCCACUGCUAGGUACCCUUUUGAGGUUACCCUUCAUCAAGGUGCUAUUGAAGCAAUUUUCUUGGAUAACAUGAUGGAGUUGGGUGUUCAGGUCGACAGACCUACAAUACCAAUCUCGCUGAAGCUGUUCGAGGAUGAAACGGCAUUGGAGGAUCCUGAGAGUUAUCCCGUUCAGGUAGUACUCCAGCAUCUCGAUUCGGGUGAAGGUCAACUCAACGAAACCGAGAUUGUGAAUGCAAAGUACGUCGUCGGUGCCGACGGUGCACAUUCCUGGGUCCGCAAAACGCUUGGUAUCGCCAUGGAAGGGGAACAGACAAACUACGUCUGGGGUGUCAUCGACAUGGUACCCGAUACAGACUUUCCUGACGUGCGCAGCAAAAGUGCCAUACACUCCAAUAACGGUUCAUGUAUGAUCAUCCCCCGCGAAGGUGACAAGAUACGAGUCUACAUCCAGUUGGGAACCGAUUCUGUUGGCGCUAGUAAUGGGAGGUUGGAUAAGUCUAGAAUUCAGAUUGGUCCCGAACAAUUACUUGAGGUCGCUAGGAAGUCAUUCCAUCCGUACACUUUUAAGAAUCCAAAGCAAUUCGAUUGGUGGACUAUAUAUAUCAUCGGGCAACGGGUUGCGUCGAAGUUCUCUGUGAAAGAUCGUGUGUUUAUUGCGGGGGAUGCAUGUCAUACUCAUUCACCAAAGGCAGGACAAGGAAUGAACGCGAGCAUGAACGAUUCUUACAACCUAGUGUGGAAGUUGACCCAUGUUUUGAGGGGAUGGGUACGCAGGUCCUUGCUGGAAACCUACGGGUUCGAACGCCAUCUCUACGCUUCGCAACUCAUCAACUUUGACAAGAACUUCGCCAAGUUAUUCUCCGGGAAACCCAGGAGUGAGAUAAACAUGGACGGAGUUUCGCAUGAGGAAUUCUUAAUGGCUUUCCAAACCUUCGGCGGGUUCACCAGUGGAACCAGUGUCCACUACGAAGAGUCUGCCAUCGUCAACAAACGCCAUCAGGCGCUUGCCAAGAACCUUACAGUCGGAGAACGAGUCCCUCCUGACCUUUUGAUUCGUGCUGCCGAUUGGAGACCGUAUAAUAUCCAGGAUUUGUUACCCUCGGACACAAAGUUCAAAGUCUUGGUAUUCACCGGGGACGUUUCUGACACAACCCAGUUGACAACGGUUCAGAAUCUGGAGGAUAGCCUUCAACAGGCCGAUUCCUUCUUGACGAAAGCACCUUCGAAAGCCAUGUUUGAUUUCAUUUCGAUCUGUAGUACUAGCAAGAGGAAGAUUGUUUAUAACGUUGUCCCCCCACUAUUCCGGUCGCAUUGGUCAAAAGUCUUUGUCGACGAUGUUGACCUCACUGGAACUCGAGGUGGUCGACUAUAUAGCUCAUAUGGUGUAGGGCUGUCUGGAGCUGUAGUCGUUGUCCGCCCUGACGGUUACGUCGGAACUAUAACACCCUUGGAAGAUGCAUCCGACUUGAACAAUUAUUUCUCCCGAUUCAUGAUAUAGAUCUAUACAGGUGUAUAAAGAAAAUCAAUUCUGAUAUUCAUGUAAAUCUCGCCGUAUUGGGUAUGUAUGUAUGUAUCAUCAUCAUCAUCUCCUCAUCUCCUGGACUUGACGGGCGGCGGUGCAUCUGCACUACCAACUGGCACCCGCCGUGGUGCGCCCCGACCCAUACCCGCACCAGAAAUUGAAGGCUUUAGCUUCGGUCGAGGUGGAUCAGCACUCGGUUGAGUAUUGGAAGUAGUAGCCUUUCCCUUAUUCUCCUUCUCCUUCACGCCGAUAUCCUUGGAUACUGGAGCACCAGGUCGGGUUGUGGGUCCGGCGUUCGUUGGCGGAGGUUUUCGUUUCAAGGGAACAGUACUCUUAGUCCCACCCGUGGCGGUUCCUUUCGUUUUAGUACCAGGUCCUGAGGAUGCAUGUAAAACUCGUCCCCUUGUAGUAGUCGACUUCCCUGCGAUAACCGCAGUCGAAUCCACCCUCCUCCCUUGUAACGGAGGAGAAAGU